AUGUACCUGGACGACCUCAAGAUAUUCUCGGACACCGAGAAGGGACUAAAACGGCAGCUCAGAUGCAUCGAGAACUUUUCAAAUGAUAUUCGAAUGAGGUUUGGUCUGGAGAAGUGUAAAGUUGGUAAACUUCAUAGAGGAGAGUGGCGUCAGAUAAACGGCGAUCAGCUUACACAACAUAGUGGUGGUGGAAAAAUAACGACGCUGGAUAAAUUUGAAACCUAUAAAUACCUAGGUCUUGCCCAGGCGCGAGGAAUAGAUUCUAAAAGUGUCAAGACGCUGCUCACCGAGAGAUUUAAAGAGAGAGUCAAGCACAUCUUAAAAACAAGAUUGGCAGGCCGUUACAUGGCGACUGCAAUCAAUUCCUACGCCGUCCCUGCAGUGGCGUACAGCUUCGGCAUCGUCCAUUGGACGCCGACAGAGCUUGAUGAUCUGAAUAGAACCUUAAGGACAAGUCUAACUAAAUUCCGCGCUCACCACCCACGAGCUGGCAGAGAGAGGGUACAUCUACCUCGAGACAUCGGUGGCAGGGGAUUCUCGGAUUUGCGAAUAUGCCACAAGACCCAGGUGGAGCGGCUGCAGAAAUACUUCCAUCAAAAAGCGAGAGCUCAGCGCUCCACCGAGCAGUCACACACUAUCAGUGCGACCCUAAGUAUUCAAUUUUCGAGCUCGAGACCCAGUGGCGGGGAAAGGAACUACACGGCAGAUACCCAAACUUGCUUGACAGUGCUGACCUUGACAAGCCCGCAUCAGAUCAGGUCAUACCCACUCGGUCUUAUCUUAAUCAAGGACCCGACAGUAACAACAACGAAUUGUCGUAUAUGUGGAGAGGGCCAUGAGAAUGUUGAGCACCUCAUCAGUGGUUGCCGGAUACUGGCCCCGAAGGAGUACACCACAAGACACGACAACGUAGCCAAGAUAGUCCAUCAGGAAAUAGCCUUCAACCUUAAACUUCGAAAAGAGAAGUGUCCGUACUACCGAUACUCACCAGAAUCCGUGCUUGAAAAUGAGGGAUUUAGGAUAUAUUGGGACAGAACUGUUCAGACCGAUCACACUGUCCAGCAUAACAGGCCAGAUAUUCUUAUUUAUGACAAGGCAAAUAAGGUGGUGACCAUCGUCGACGUUGCAAUUCCCGCACCUAACAACUUGCAGAAGAAAGAACGUGAAAAAAGAGAAAAAUACAUACCGUUAGCGGAUGACAUAAAACAGACAUGGCGUGUCGAUAGGGUUAACAUUGUUCCUAUAGUGAUCGGUGCAAUGGGAGAAAUACCAAAGUCCCUCAGAACCAACCUGACAACACUCACCGUAAAACCAGGCGCCUACUUUGAAAUGCAGAAGUCUGUGGUACUAGCUACCUGCAACAUAAUUAGAAGAGUUCUUAAUCAACCUCAACUUCAAUAG